UCGGUCAGCCUAGACUACUUGUGCCAAGUGUAGCUCGAAAAACCGAUCCCGAUUUGUCGAGCCGGUAUAUUAAAGCGACGUCGUUGGCCUCUUCCACGCGCGGUUAGGCCGUGGAUCGAAACUAGAGAGGUAGUUUUAGUUGGAGAGUGAAGUGCCCUCGACGUCUGUCUCUACCCUCUGUCGACGUGUUUCUCCUCUACUACCGGCCACUCUCCGUUCUUCGUCGUCUUCUCAAGGGAUCAAUUCUCACAUUCUUCCACGGCCUUCAAGGAGAGAUCGCUUCCCUGUGCGGGCUUUGCAACUCUUUUUUUCUCCUCUUGGUGAAACGAACACACACUGGCCCCCCUCUGGUACCCCGUGGAACUUGACGAAAUCAAAUUGGGCACAAUUAACGAUAGUGCCUUCCUCUGCUGGUAAUCGAAGGUAAUUUCAUCGGACGCCUGAGAUCCAGCUGGGAAUUCCCCGAAAGAAGCACACGAAGCACCAAGUUAUUGAUCAACUCUGGCCGAGAGCGACAGACAGAGGAGAGGAGAGGAUCGGAGAUAAUCUAAGUGACGGGAUAAAACUUGUGUCGAUCGGACUAUAAGGAGGAAAGUGUUGUGUGUUGAACUAGCGCCGUUGUCAGAUACGUACGAGGACGAGGCAUGAAUUUUGCGUGAUAGAAAGAAAGAAGGAAAGAAAAAAAAACAAACAAAUAUAUAUACAUAAAUAAAAAAACGCGGAAUUAAAUAGUGCCAAUUGGAAACAGUGUCGAUUAUUAUUCGCGUGCACGAAGGAUUGAUAUAUAAAAAACAGAAGAAGGUUCGAUCUAAUUGGAUAAAGAAAAACCACCGGGAGAGAACGAUCUUUCUAAAUCAUCCGAUAAAUCGAAAAACGUCGAUUUCCUACGGAUUUCGUGUUACCCCUGUUAACCUGCAACCCUUCUUCCAUGGAUACGCGUCGAAGAUAAUCGCGCGCACCUCAACCAGGACCGCCGAUAUCCAAGGGGGUCCAAAGCGUAACUUUCCUCAGGAUAAUGCGAAGCCUGGAGAGGUUAUCGGGUAGCGAUCAAGACUGCGAUCAGGAGAUGUAUAUCGACCUGGACGACGCUUCCGUCGACUCGCUUACCGGAAAACGAAGUCGCCAUCAUGUCGUUGGCGCGGAGGUGGGUGAGGAGAGCGACAGCAGUGGGAGUGAGAGAAGCCCGAAACAAGCGAAAAGAAGAAAUCGCGGAGGACCACCGACGACGAGGAGACGAAAAAGUGGAAUUUCCGCGCGGGAAAGGAACCUCAGGAGGCUCGAAAGCAACGAGAGAGAAAGAAUGAGAAUGCAUUCCCUAAAUGACGCUUUCGAGCAACUGCGCGAAGUGAUACCGCACGUAAAAAUGGAAAGGAAACUCAGCAAAAUAGAGACGCUUACGUUGGCCAAGAAUUACAUAAUGGCCCUGACAAACGUCAUAUGUGAAAUGCGCGGCGAGGAGCAACCAUACACAUUCGUCGACGGCGAGUGUGGCUCCAGCAGCGGCGACAGCACAGGCCAAUUAGAGUUAAGCGGCGGUGAACAACCGGAGGAAGCAUCCCCGGCAUCGAUGCACGAAACCAACAACAAUAGUCUGCUUCACGAAGAUUUAGAACGCAGGAUACCGUAGUUGGCCUAAUUGCGUCCGAAAACCGAUCGAUCCUCGUUGGCGAAUCCCAGUUCGAUGAAGUGAACUCUUCAUUCAAGAAUCGUCUUCUUCUCCGUAAUAAUCGAAAAACAGAAGAAAAAGCCACGAAUAAACCUCAUGGAACGAAGUGAGAAAAGGGGAAAAAGAAGAAAAAAGCAAAAAAAAGCAAAAGAACGGCAACACUCGCGAGAGCAGAAGGAAAACGAAAACAAAAAAAAAAAAGAAGAGAGAAGACAAGACUUUAUCAAAAACCUCUUAAGAGAACGAGAAAGCUAACAGAGUAUCAUCGAAGAGAAUCGUCGUCGCCGAAACGGUCGUUAAACAGCCGUUCGAAAUUUAUCGAAGAAGAUGCAAUUCGGCUUUUACGAAAUGAUCCGUCCAAGGUCGACCUCUGGAGAUCUUUCGAAGGCCAACG